CACCUUUACGACAUCACAGCUUAAAAUAAAAUAAAAGAGGAAGCUCACUUGUCAAGCGAACCCAACUCACUAACUCAGUUGUCACUCUCCACUUUCUUUCUAUUUCUAGUCGCGUCCUCUUCUUCUUUCAUUUCAAUUUCCACUCUCUGCAAAACCAGAUUCCACGUGACUCUCUCUCCCUCUCUUUCGCCGAUUCCUUCAAAUUCACGAGAAUUCCACUCUUUCUGCAAUUCAAUUCCACAGAACUUGCUUCAGUUAACACCUACCUACGUGUCCAUGGAUCUAAUCAAUUCUUCAACUCUAAAUUGACGGAUCAAACUGUUUUUCUUUUGUUGUAUAGUGUUGGAAUUACUGUGUUAGAUAAUGUUGGAGAAAUUGGAAUUGAGGUGAGGAAGUGAUAUUUUGUUUUAUAUAUAUAAAUGAAGCAGCGAAAGUUGAUACAGCAGCAGAAAUCUCACUUCAAAUGGAAGAGAAAGCUGUUUGUUGUUUUGUUGUUAGGGUUUUGUUUUGGAAGCUUCGUUUUGAUGCAAACUCAGUACACUCGAAUUCUUGCAUUGGCGAAAUUGCAGUCUCAUUUAGUUCAGAAGCCAAGAAUUGCGUUUCUGUUUAUUGCUCGAAAUCGACUUCCUCUGGAUAUGGUUUGGGAUGCUUUUUUUAAGGGUGAGGAAUCUAGAUUUUCAAUUUUUGUUCAUUCUAGGCCUGGGUUUCUGCUCAACAAAGCUACCACAAGAUCCGUCUAUUUUAUGAAUCGACAAGUUAAUGAUAGCAUACAGGUAGAUUGGGGAGAAGCAAGCAUGCUCGAGGCAGAGCGUAUAUUGCUUAGACAUGCCCUAGAGGAUCCUCGGAAUGAACGUUUUGUUUUCCUCUCAGACAGCUGCAUACCUCUUUACAACUUCAGCUACACGUAUGACUAUAUCAUGUCAACAUCAACUAGUUUUGUAGACAGCUUUUCUGAUACAAAAGAGGGCCGCUACAAUCCGAAAAUGGCUUCAGUCAUUCCUGUUUAUAACUGGAGGAAAGGAUCACAGUGGGUUGUUCUGACCAGAAAGCAUGCAGAGGUUGUCGUGAAUGACACUGUAGUCUUUCCUUUGUUUCAACAGCAUUGCAAGAGGAAAUCACUGCCUGAGUUUUGGCGGGAUAGCCCCCUUCCAGAUACAUCGAAGGAGCACAAUUGUAUACCUGAUGAACAUUAUGUGCAGACAUUACUUGCUCAAGAAGGCCUUGAAGGAGAAAUUACACGAAGGUCAUUGACACAUAGUUCAUGGGAUCUUUCAUCCUCUAAAGACCCUGAACGCCGUGGAUGGCAUCCUGUUACCUAUAAAUUCUCUGAUGCUACUCCCACACUCAUCAAAAACAUAAAGGACAUUGACAAUAUUUAUUAUGAGACUGAAUAUCGAAAAGAGUGGUGCAGCAGCAAAGGAAAACCAUCCACUUGCUUCCUUUUCGCAAGAAAAUUCACUCGCCCCGCUGCUCUUCGCCUUCUUAAUAUGUCCCUGCUGGGAGCUUCUCGUAAGGCAGCCAAUGAGUCAUGAUUCCUAACAAGUAACAAAGUUCAAGUGAAUUUUUUCCAUGUAGUUAUGCUAUGUUUUUAGUGCAAUUGCAAUGGAGCUAACUGGGAUGAUGAAGAGGCCAAUGUGGUACGUGAAGUCAUUAACUUCUUAUCUUGUUGCCUUAUGACUGCACCUCUCCCUUUCCUUUUCUUCUUUAUUUGUCUUGAUGGAUUGAUCACUUCCAUAUUUCAAAGUGGAUGAACCUCAAGUGAUUUGGGUUGGGCAGCAGUUGUCUCGAACAACCUCAGAAAGCCCACCAAGCAAGGAUUUUCAAGUAGCCUAAUACACCUAAAAUAUUUUAAAUGAUCAAUCCAGUUGAAAUCUUCAAAAUAA